UUCCGCUACCGAGAUCAGUCUGGGUUAGGUAGGAUGCGUUGUAGGAUAUCUACGCUCUGUUUAGCCAGUCGAGUUGCAACUUUCAAGGCAGCAAGUUGCAGUGCACGUGGCGACCGUCGCGACUAUACAUCCCGCGAGAUGCGAUCGAUCGAGACGUGUAGUUUCGCAACAACGCGCAAUCGUCUGCAGAAAUGUGCUUUACACCACAGUGAAACCUCGUUAAGGACAUGGCAACGAAAAAUGGUCCCGUUGCCUUCACUCACGAUACGAUAGAACUGAUCGAAAUGAAUCUGAUAGAAACGCACGCAAGUGGUAAUUAAUGACGAUACUUAUCGAAACACGCAACGUGUAGUCAAGGAUACAACGAUAUGUAAUCACAAUAAUAAUAUAUCGUGCAAAGUUGAAGGAGAAUUGGAGAUAAUUGGAGAUAAGUACGAACUGAUGGGGAGGUGAUUGGAGAUAAAUGUGAACUAGCACGCACGAAGUGAUGUAAUCUGUAAUAAGCGGAGCACACGAGAACUGUAGGACUGCAGUACAUUAAAGAGUCUGCAAUACAUUUCAAUAAACAGGACUCUUAUUUUAUUGAAUAUAAAACGACAUGUGCACGCGAUAUCUCGUCGUCAAGUAUACGAUCUAGCUUUUUCAUCAUUAAUAAAUCGAAGCACAGGAACAUCCUCGAAUAGUCAAGUAAUUUUCGGCCUUAAUCAUUAUAUAUUUACAUCAUAAAUAUCUAAACUUCGAAGGAAUCCACUAAAUUAUCAGACAUUUUUCGGAUUAUUUUUAAUAAGAGACCUUUAAAUAGAUUAGCGAAACAAGAUAUAUAUAUAUAUAUGUAUGUGUAUGUGUAUGUCUUAAAACGUGAGUAAUAUAUUAUUUUAUCUUUUUGAGGCGAUAAGCGACAGUCAAGGCCGACGCCUGAGCUAACAAUAAGUUAAAAAUACGCAAGUUUUCCUUUCGCAACUCUUGCAUUUCUUUCUGCAUAAAGAACGGACUUGUACGUACAUUUCGUCAAACCGCAUCCGCAUCGCUACAAGGAAUUUUUUCCGAUUGAAGCUGGUUACUUUCUACGAUCUCCUAGCAUCAAUGUUCAAAAGUUAUUCGUACAAAAUUUUCUCCCAUUGUGGAAUAGCAAUAGAUAUAGAUACAGAAAAUAUAAAUAGAUAUACAAAUCUUCUUACACGUUUAUUUGUACACAACGUUUAGUAAAUUGUGCUAAGGACAUUUCAAACAAUUAUCGAAACCGCAUCUAAUAAGGUAGCGUCACUUAACGCUAUAAGAAAUGCAGAUAGCAUAUCUUGAGAGCAUUGCCAAAACAAUGAAGAAGAAAUCGUUUAUCUUCGUCGGUCUAAUUGUGACAACGAUCUUGACACUAUACCUCUACUUAUCAGCCACUUACAGCGACUUUCAACUUCACGAAAUAUUUUUCAAGAUAAUUCGCGACGAGGAUUACUUCGUGAAUGUAACCGUUAAGACGUAUAGAGAAAGGGGCGUAAAAACUAUCCUUCUAUGGAACACGUUAUUCGGCGAUAAAAAUUUUUACUUCGGAAAUGACAACAUUUUCCACGAUUGUCCUGUCGAUAGGUGCAAAAUCUUUAACGAUCGGGACUAUUUAAAUGUGGAAGAUUACGACGCGAUUCUUUUUCACGGCAACGAGAUAGAUGAAGUGCCACAGAAGAGGAAGAUAACGCAAUUUUAUGUGUACGUUAAUCUGGAAAGUCCAGCCAAUCGAAAAGUGCCGGCGAGAUACCGAAAGAACUACUUCAACCUCACGAUGACAUACCGGCUCGAUAGCGAUAUACCCUGGACUUAUGAUAUCAUAGAAGAUAUAAAAAGCGGCAAAUUUAUCGCACCCUCAAAAAAUGUCGAUUGGAGCGCUUUUCAAAAUAAUACAAGUGCAGGGGACGCGGUAGACGAAGUGCCAUCUGCGAUAUUGGACACCGUCAAGGGUAAGAGCAAGCCGGUAACUUGGUUUGUAAGCAAUUGCUACGCCAAAAGUGGCCGGUUGAAGUAUGUCGAGGAGCUGUCGAAGCACAUAAGCGUCGAUAUUUAUGGCAAAUGCGGCACAUUUAGCUGCGAGAAAGACCGGAACUGUUUUAGCGACGUCGCUGAGGCCGACUACUUUUUCUACCUGUCCUUCGAGAAUUCCUUCUGCGACGAUUACGUGACGGAGAAGCUGAUGAACCCGCUCAGGUACAAUGUCGUCCCGGUGGUUUAUGGAGGCGCCAACUACAAUCAGUUCGCACCGCCGAAUUCCUACGUAAAUGCCUUGGACUUCGAGAGUCCGAAGGAGCUUGCCGCGUACUUGAAAUAUCUCUCUCAGGAUCCGCGGCGAUAUCAAAGCUUCCUACAAUGGAAGAAAUAUUAUCGAGUCAAUGUCGGAACGAAGCGGGCCGUUUGUACCCUCUGCGAGGUCUUGCAUAAGCAGAAAAAGCCGAAGGUAUAUGACGAUUUAUCGUACUGGUACGCCAAAGAUAAAUGUCCUAUUCAAAGGCUUCUAAAAAAUAGCACUGACGGAUAUGCAAAGAAAUGUAUGCUAACAAAUUGUGGCCAGAAAUAGAGGCCAAAUUAUAAAAGAGUAUCGCGAAAAUAUUAAUAAUGUAUUCAAAUUAAAUGUAAAAGAAAAGUGUCCUGGGGUCGAUUGAACUUAAAUGUAAAUUAAUGUGAACCUAGAUAUUUAAAAAAGUGUAUAUAUAAUGUAAAUAGUAGUAAUCACAGAUUUUCAAUUCGUUAUUUUAGCUUCACUUCUGCGUUAUUGAUCAAAGUCCACGCGUAAUAUAAAUACUUUCCGAAUCCAUCUUGCUUCCAAACUGAAUUGACUUUACGGGAGUGUAUCGGUAUUAUUAAAUACGAUUCAUCUUAGUUUCGGAAACUUUGAUUUGUGGGUACGUAAUUAAGCCUACACGUGAUAAUGAGAUAUCCCUUCGUCAUCUGUUAUCCAAUUAUAUAUAUUGAGCGUUUCUAAGUCUAUAACGAGGUGAACGACGAUGCAGCUUCGACGUUUGACUUAUACAUCGAUGACGGGUCAUUAGGCCGAGAAUGUACAUCGAUAUAUUCACUACUCGCUUGAUUAACCAAGAUCAAAGCGGCCAAGCUCCAUCGCCCUAACACUGCUACACUCUGAGAGUUUGAGGAAAAUAGAUAUGUGAUUUACUGAUCGCGUCAUAUUCAUAAAGAAAACCAGCUUUCGGGGAUUAUAUAAUGAAAAUUCCGUCGAUACGUAAUAGAAUGAGUGAAUAUAAAGCAUAUAUUUGUAUGAAAGACUGACAGUAGUCUUAUUAUCUCACCAAGAAUCUGCCAGGAAAAAAUGUUCUCGUGAUAUUUUCUUUAGUAUUUUAGAAAAUAUUACUUUUAUACCUAUGGUUAAUAAACAUGUAGGGUCUUGGGCAAAUAAUUCUCAGAAUUUCAUUCUCUUUAUAAUCAGGACAGCUCUAUGCUAUCGGCGUACUGAUAAUCGCGACGCUAGACAGUGGCUUCCGCUAUCUAUGUAGUAAUACCAUAUAAGUUAGACUAAACAACUGAGAACUCACAAUCUGCUGCUCGGGCACAUACGUAACAUAUCUAAGUGGUUUCUUCAUCGUUCACGGCUACAAAAUUGUUUGUAGCGCCCCAUAAAAUCCUAAACUAUUAUAUUACACACCCAUAAAUACGCACAUAGCGUGUUAUCGUAAACUUAUAUAGCAAAUGCAAGCCGCGAUUUACCGACAAACUGCAAAUACAACUAAUAUUAUAUUUAUAAAACAAUUUUGUCUACCUGUAUGGUUAAGAAAAAGUUAAAUGUUAUGGCAAAUUAAGAUAAUAGUCUGUCCAUAAGCCUUAUUUAAUAUAAUCUUUAAAAAAAAUACUGAAACAAAUGUGUAGUUUUAAUAUAUGCACAAUCUAAUUGUAUAUAAUAUAAAAAGUACAUUUUAUUCUCACUAGAGCUUUUCUACAUUUAGCUUUCGGCUAAAAAAAUUUUAAUAGUAUACAUUUUUUAAAUUAGCAAAAUUACUACCGAAGAUACUACCUCAUUCCGAUUUAUGGAAGUUAAAAAUCUGAUUUAUAGCAGGUAGAAAAUAAAGAUAAACAUUUUUUUACUUGUCAACCUACAUUAUUUCAUAACUGCGCUGUUGUUGAUUUG